AUGAACCUGGGUGAUAAAAGUAACAACGAGAUACUGUUUUUGAAUUUCAAUCAAGAUUUCAGUUGUGUAUCUAUUGGUACUGAGCGAGGCUACAGAAUAUACAACUGCGAUCCUUUUGGAAAGUGCUAUUCUAAACAGGCUGGUGGCACUGGUAUAGUAGAAAUGCUCUUUUGCACCUCACUUGUAGCACUUGUUGGUGCUGGUGAACAUCCAGCGUUUUCUCCAAGACAGCUGCAAAUCAUCAACACAAAGAGACAGACAACCAUUUGCGAGUUAUCAUUCCCUACUGCCAUUCUUGCGGUCAAAAUGAACAGAAGAAGAUUGAUUGUGGUAUUGGAAGAGCAAAUCUUUUUGUACGAUAUAAGCAACAUGAAACUGCUCCACACCAUUGAUACCAACCCCAAUCCUCAAGCUAUUUGUGCGUUAUCUCCCUCCAGCGAAAACUGCUUUAUUGCAUAUCCUGCUCGCUCGUCCAUGUCACCAUUCUCACCCAGCAGUGGAUCAUCCAACCCAUCCUAUGUAUCAGGUGAUGUAGAGUUAUUCGACGCUCUCGGUCCUCAAACCACGAAUAUUGUGCAAGCACACAAAUCAGCCGUGAGCUGUAUUUCCAUGAAUUCAGAGGGAACAUUAUUAGCUACUGCUAGCGAAAAGGGAACGGUGAUUCGCAUCUUUUCAACUUUGGAUGCCACCAAAGUAUAUCAAUUUAGACGUGGUACAUCGCAUGCCAAAAUCUAUUCCAUGUCUUUCAAUCUCGUCAGUUCUCUUUUAUGUGUCUCUAGCGAUACGGAAACAGUGCACAUUUUCAAGUUAUCGACCAAUGGAAGCCCCACGAUGAAUGGAAAUGGAUACGGAAAUGUGUACAAUGAUCAAUCGCAACAGCAACACCAGCAGCAGCAGCAAGACAAGGAUUCAAGAGGUAGAAGCUCAAGUAUGGGUCAAAUGUUGAGAAGAUCAUCUAUGCAUCUGGGUAGAAAUAUAGCAGGAAGUGUUGGCUCGUAUUUGCCUGAUGUAUUGACCGAGAUUUGGGAGCCUACUCGGGAUUUUGCGUCCUUGAAGCUGCCCAGUGCUGGUGUUCGAAGCUUGGUUGCUCUGAGCAGUACAACCCCUCAGGUCAUGGUUGUUACUUCGGAAGGAUUCUUUUACCAAUACAACAUUGAUUUGGAAAGCGGCGGCGAGUGUGUGCUCUUGAAGCAAUACAGCUUAUUGGAGCCUACAGAUGAUAGUCUGGGUGUGGAGUAG